AUGUCUCAUCGACGCUUUUUCCCCACCAAACCAACACCCAAGAACAACCAAGAAUUACAAGCUACCACUGCCAUCGCAGGCGCUUCCUCGGCGUCCCGUGGGAAAUCCCAAUCCCAAUCGACUUCACAUCCGAGUGCAACUUCAAGAUCUCAAUCUCAGCCCAACAAUAACAACAAGAGCAAGAGCAAGAGCAAGAACACUGAUUCUCAAUCAAAAACCCAACCACCUGCCCGCCGUGUGGGUUUGCGCGAAAGGAACGACUCGAAGGCCUCGUCAAAACGGGCUGCCCCAACCAUCCGAAGUAGCUUGCGUAACCAGCAGCAAGUAUUCAAAGACGCUGCUCCACCAGAGUCUGCUUCGGAUGAAGGAGCUCCAGCCAGCGACCAUAACAACAGCAACAGAAACAGCAACAACAAGCGUCCAAUUGCUGCGGUGGCCACUGGCUCGCGUAACAAGCAACGCAUCGAAGAACCAGCACCAAAAGAACGAACACCCCCCCUUCCUGACUCUCCCGACUCUUCUCGUCACCAGUCUUCUCCUCUAUUUGAGGGGCAUUUCCUUAAACCGAUCAAAUUGUCAGCGCGAAAUUUUGCGGACGACAACGACGACAACGGCUUCGAGGACGACGAUGACGAGAACCUUGAACAAAACAACAACACCAACGACUUUGGAGGAGAUGUCGGUGGAGGUGGCGAUGGUGAUGAUGAUGACUUGGGAGGAGAUGUCGGCGAUGGUGAUGAUGACGACUUUGGCGGAGAUGUCGGCGGAGGUGGCGAUGACGACUUUGGCGGAGCUGUUGGCGGAGGUGGCGAUGGUGAGGAUGAUGAUGAUGAAGGCAACAACACCAACAACAACACCAACAACCGUCAACGCAUCUCAUCUCAACUUCCCGAUCUACCCCGUAAUCAUGUCCCAAUCCACCUGUCUGGAUCGAGAUUACAAACCUUCAACGAGUUCACUUGGCGUGCCGAGCUCGAUGACCAUCACGCUGCCAUGGGCAGGCGACUCUGCAAUGCUGCAACAACUGAAGAGCGAUUUAUGGCGACGAUGGCUCUUGGGCUUUCCAAUCGCCAGCACAUGACUGCCAUCCACAACGACAUAACCAGUCAGAUCAGCGAGCUCCGUGAUCAUGCGGCCACCUCGGCAGCUGAUAGUGCUGUUAAGGCGCCUUGGCUCAAUAAAGAGGACGCUGCUGAACUUCGGCAAAUCCACCGAGGUGACAUACAGGCAUAUACAGCGACUGCCGACAAAACCGGACAGAAGAACAAAUUGCCGGCAUGCCUUCACGCGGUAGUUAUGAAUGCGAUACUUGCGAAUCCCACUCCCUGGAAGAAACGGUUGCUGCCUCCUGGAUAUGGCAAAAAUCCCAAACAAUCCCACACCAAAGCUUUCGGCUCUUUGGUCAAUGUGGUGUUGAAAGAAGUACGAAAAGAAUUCGAAGGAAGUCUACUCGAAAACAUUCACCUUCCCAAUCGAACCGGCCCUACUGACGAAGAAGCGGUCCCCACCAUUGAAUCACUUUAUGUCAAACUCAAGGAAAAAGAAGCCGAAAGCAAAGUAGGUCGAGUAGUUGUUCGUGAAGAGAUCGUGGCCAACUUUAAGCAUCAAGAAGAGGCUCGAUUAGCUUACCUGCGCAUGCAAGCCUGUCAUUGGGGCUUUUACAAAUCGGAGUACAGUGAUAAGAGUUUUUGGUGCGUGGUGGAUGACCAAUUGGAGGUCUUACGAAAACAAUCGAGAAGAUAUCGAUAUGCGUUUGCUAUCAUUUGUCUGGCGGAAGAUUAUGAUUUGUUCAAGGGUAAGAAGACUUUAGCAGAACUCCGACCCCUCACCUCCUUCCCAGUUCCCGACGACGAAUGGAUUCGCAAGGUCAUGAGUGAACUUGAUGAAACCUGGGGCGAUGAUGUUCCAGAACUAGAAGCCCUACAUGAAUGA